UGGGGUGACGCCCCACAUGUCCCCCCAGCACCGGCUGCACAAGGCGCUGCUGCAGAGCUGGGCCCGAGUCAGCUUCGAUGUGGGGCGAUACCACAACAUGGGGGGGCGGCUGGAGCUGCAGCUCCAGACCGAACUGGAGCACACGGAGCCCCCCAACCUCCUGCCCCACAUCUUGGGGGGGUCCUUGGGGGGGCUCGUGCUGCUGGCGCUGCUCGCUAUGGGGCUGUACAAGGUCGGCUUCUUCCGGCGCCGCUACAAGGAGCUAAUGGACACCCCCACAGGAGACCCCCAAUAGACCCACAUCUAUGGGUCCGCUAUGGGGCAGAGUGGGGGGGGUUUAGUGCCCCACAUCCUGCCCCAUAUCCUGCCCCACAUCCUCUGUCGGUGCAUUGAGUGAAAUACAGACCAUGGUCAAAGAGA